GCUCAUCUGCCUUCUGCAGCUCUCGUCACCUAAAAUCAUGUGGCAUUUAAUUUUUGUAUUAACUGUUAUUAAUAGCUUCUUCACAAUCUCAUCUACCAGAGUACUAUCAUUAAUUGAUCGUUAAUUACAGCUCUUAACUGCCACCAUCUGCCGUCCCUCACCACCUCUAUAAACGCCCAAAGCUUCAUGCCGACAACAACCCAAAGGAGAAGAUACGAAGCCCUAGAUUUCUCGAUUCUCUAUAUAUUCUCCUCUUUAUAUAUCCCUUAGCCUUCCAUCCACACGGAGGAACCCACCCCAAUUUCCAAAUUCCAAGCCCUAGGGAAUGGAUUUUCAAUUGACCAAGAAGGGGUUCAAUUUCUCCCAGAGAAAGACGAAAUGGCUGAUUUUACUGGCCGUUUCUGGUGUCUCUGGUUAUGGACUUUACAAGGUGUAUAAUUUGCCCUCCGUGGUCAAGAAAAGGAGGAGAUUGAUCAAACUUAUUAAAACCCUAAUUUCAAUUGCUGAAAUGAUGUCCAAUUCUGCUGAGACGAUUGACAUUGUUUCCAGGGACUUGAAGGAGUUUCUGCAGUCCGAUUCGGACGAAAUUCCUAAUAGCAUCAAGCAAAUUUCUAAGAUUGUUAAAUCGGAUGAGUUAUCCCAGUCGUUGACUAGGUUUUCUCAGGCGUUGACGAUUGGGGUUCUGAGAGGCUAUAAAUCGGAGUCGGCAAAUGAUGAUGGAUUAGUGUCAGGUUCAAUGAAUUCGCGUUUCACUGAUAAGGCAAUGGAUAGGUUGUUCUCUAAUGCUGGGACUGGGUUUGUUUCCGUUGUUGUUGGUAGUUUUGCCAAGAAUUUGGUUUUGGGGUUUCAUUCUAAUGUUGGAGCUGGUGUGGAUCAAAGUGGCUCGAGCAUAUCUGAUAUACCUAGAUGGGUUAGUGUGGUUUGUAAUGAUCGGUGCAAGGAACUUAUAGCUGAAUGCAUACAGAAGUUUGUGAGCACAGCAACUGCUGUUUAUCUUGACAAGACAAUGAACGUCAACACUUUUGAUGAAUUGUUCUCUGGCAUGACCAAUCCGAAUCAUCAAAGCAAUGUGAGAGACAUUCUGGUUUCGGUCUGUAAUAGUGCUGUAGAAACGCUUGUUAAAACAUCUCAUCAAGUGUUGACAAAUUCCAAUAUGCACCUGAAUUCAGGUGCCAACUCUGGUUCUACGUGUACGAUUGUUGAGCAGAGCGAAGGACCAAGUGCAACCAGAAAUGAUUGUCUCAAGCAAGAAGUAUGUUUGAAAGACGGAUGCUCACUUGAAGGGUUUCAGAAUGGUGGAUGGAUCGGAAAGGUGUCAUCUACUUUGGCUGUGCCAAGCAAUAGGAAGUUUGUGCUCGAUGUGACUGGGAAAGUGACUUUUGGAACAAUAAGGUCUAUUGUGGAGUUCUUGUUGUGGAAAAUAUCAGAUUGCUUGAAGAGAAGCCUUAAUGUAGUUCAUGAAGAGGUUGUAGAUAGGGGACUAGAGGUUAUUAGAUACUUUGGGGCAAAGACAUCUGUUAUUGUUACCAUAUGUCUUGCCCUGUAUUUACAUGUUAUGGGAGGCACUAGGGUUCUCUUACCUGCUUAAAAUGACAGGAAUUACAAAAGAAACUCCGAGCUCAUAUUGGUCAUGGGUUGAGAACGGAAUUGAACUCUAUGAGGUGUCUGAUUUAUUUUGCUCAAUAAGAAAACAACGAGAGAAUACAUAUCAAAUCCCUGUCCCUUCCCAACGAAGCACUUCUGGUUAUCCACAUAAAAGAUGCUUUGUGUGUGUGUCUUUGUAACCUCAGUUCAAAGUUCAAUGUAAUCUUAGCUCACAUUCUCCUUUUGAUGGUUGGCUUUAGCUUCAGAAAA